CUUAGUGAAGGAACUUCAAUCGAAUCUUGUUCAAAACGUAUUUCUCCUCUAAUUUUUUCUUAAUCAUGUCGGGAAUCAUAACAACAGUUUGUAAAGCGACUUUUAAUCCCGUGAUCGCAACAGCAGUUUUUGGUGAAACCGUUGGAUGGCUUGUGAAUGCAGGCAGAGAUAAAGCUGCCGAAAAGCUUCAAAAUGGCGAUGUUGCAGAUGAAGAAUUUCGUCGCAUCAUUAUGAGUGAAAUCUACGAAAUGAAGCUCAAGCUAGACGGGGAAUCAAAGAAAGAUUUGUCAGCAAGUAUCAGCCACUUUGAAGAAGGAAUCGAGUUGUUGUAUGAAGUACUUAAAGAAAUCAGGCCAAGAAGGGAUACUGGCGCUGAUGCAGCACAAGCGGCUUGUGCGGAAGCUGUGUCGCUCACUGAAGGAAUGCGAAACUUGGAGCUUACUGAAUCUACCACAAGAAAGCUUGCCAAUGCAAAGGAUAGAUUCAAAAUUGCUCGUGAAAAAGCAACCGAUGCCUUUUCAAAUGAAGCGCUAUCAACGUUCGACCGCAUCUUAGCGAUGCAGUACCGAGUGAUAGCAACGGUAUUAGAGACAGUAGACUACCCCGCGGAUGCUCUAACAUCAUGUAAACGCUGUAUUGACGAGCUAAAUGGUCUGCCAGUGGUUCAGCAAAGUCUUAAAGUACAACUCAAGACAGGAAUCAGUAAUGUAAAGGGUUGGUUUAGCCAAAAAGAACGACAGAAACUCAUUUCCGGUGUUUGUCUUGUCAAUCGUGUGGCCUACGAUGUCACACGAACAAUAUCCGUUAAAGAACCAUUGCCGCAGUGGCCUAUGGUUGAUACAGGACAGGAGAAAGUUGAUUUGCUGCGAGACGAAAGAGUUACAAGAGCACUAUGUAAACAGGGCAUGGAGCACUGUAGUGUAUCAUGGAUACUUGGUCAGGAUGGUGUAAAGGUGGACAGUAUAAAUGAUCCAUGCAAUAUCGCUACCGACUCAAGCGGGCAAUAUAUUGUGGCAGACAGUGACUUGAUAAUAAAGGUGUUUGACAACAAUGGCAAGUUUGUGAAAUCUUUUAGACUUCCUCCUCUUAUCGAUGACAAUGGUACAGAACUAUCGAUUGAUAGCUGGCCGGUUCAUCUGGCCACAGACAUGAACGACGACAUUUAUGCCCUGGUUAAAGAAAAGAAUCGUAAAGACUCACACUGGAUUUUUAAGUUUAACAAAACCGUUGAGAAGCAUCUAAGGUUUCGUGUCAGGGAAAUGGGCUUCGACUUCUACCUGUGUAAACUGUCAGUCAGUGAUAGUGGUAAAGUGCUGGUACUGAAGGGUGACUGGAGAAAGGAAUAUUACAUUGUGGAUGUUUAUGAGACCGAUGGUCGCUUCGUUUGCAGUUUUGGAGAACAAAUCUUGAGGAGCCCGAGGGACAUCACUGUUACUGCAAGUGAUGGCAGAGUUAUGGUGGUGGAGCUAUUUCCUUCCCGCUGUGUUCACAUAUUCAGCGAAAACGGUGACCAUCUGAGCAAGUUUGAUCUCCAAGAUUCUUUACACCAUCCAAAUAUUGCCUUUCACAAGGAAAGUCAACAAGUCAUCAUGGCCAGUACUGAUUCUACGGAAAACCUCCUGCAUGUAGGAAUUUACACCAAGGAUGGUAAGUUUUUACGGAGCACUCUUAUCCACAAGGAGAUCUUCGGGCUGCAUGGGAUUGCAGUGACCACUGAGGGACGUAUUGCGGCAGUAGCUAAGUUUAAAGAUAACACAGGCAAAGUAAUCAUUAUUUAAAAGAAGCACUUAUUUUUCUGUCUCUCUGUCAAGUUCGUUUACAGACUCGAUUCAGCUACAUAUGCUCAUAGGGCUUUUAAAAACUCUUCUUUCAUGAGGAAUGUACAAGCAAGUGAAUUAGCUGACUUCUGAGUUUUUCAGGAUUGUUAAUUAUCCAGGAUAAAUUGGUGCUUUGCUUCUCUAAUCAGAAAA